UUGUCCCCGCGAGUUCUUUAAGUUCCCUGCAAUCUGUACACGAGAGAAAGAGGGAGAGAGAGAGAGGGAGAGAGACAGAGAGCCAGGGAUCAGGUAAAGCACUGGGGCUGCAGCCAUUCAAACUCAGGAGCUGGCGCGCGGCCCAGGACGCCGAGGGAGAUGAAGGCGAUCAAGGACGAGGUCGUGCCCUUGCAGCUGGGGCUGAAGCGAGCCCCGUCCUUCCCGCACUGCCUGCAGCCGGGGGUCUCCCGAGGCAAGGCCCCACAGGGACACCUCUUCCCGGAGGCCCUCCGGGGCCCCUUUUCGCAGUUUCGGUAUGAGCCGCCCGCGGGCCACCUGGACGGGUUCCCGGGGGCCUUCGAGGGCGGGGGGUCGCGGAGGCGCAAGAGCGUGCCCAGCAAGGUGCCCUGCCGGCCCCCCGCCGAGGACGCGCCCCCGGGCCCCCCGCCGCCCCCGCCGCGCCCCGCGUGCGCCUCGCGCAUGAUCGACCUGUGCCACGUGGGGCUGCAGCCGGGCCGGCCCCCCGAGCCCCCCGAGCCCCCCGAGCGGCCGUGGCCCGCCGCGCUCCUGCCCGCGCCCUACGCCUACCUGCCCAAGGGGCCCCCCGGCCUGGUGCUGCCGCUCUUCGUGCCCGCGCCCGCCUUCCCCUUCGGCCGCCACGCCUUCCUGCCGCCCCCGCCCCCGCCCCCGCCCCCGCCCCCGCGCAGGCCCGAGGCCCCGCCGCGCGCCGACCGCGUGGACGUGAACGUGCGCGUGGACGACAGCUACCUGGUGGACGUGGGCGGCGCGCAGAAGCGCUGGCAGUGCCCCAGCUGCGACAAGUCCUACACGUCCAAGUACAACCUGGUCACGCACAUCCUGGGCCACAGCGGCAUCAAGCCCCACGCGUGCGGCCGCUGCGGGAAGCUCUUCAAGCAGCUCAGCCACCUGCACACCCACAUGCUCACGCACCAGGGCACGCGGCCGCACAAGUGCCAGGUGUGCCACAAGGCCUUCACGCAGACCAGCCACCUGAAGCGCCACAUGAUGCAGCACAGCGACGUGAAGCCGCACAACUGCCGCGUGUGCGGCCGCGGCUUCGCCUACCCCAGCGAGCUCAAGGCCCACGAGGCCAAGCACGCGAGCGGCCGCGAGAACAUCUGCGUGGAGUGCGGCCUCGACUUCCCCACGCUGGCGCAGCUCAAGAGGCACCUGACCGCGCACCGGGGCCCCGUGCAGUACAGCUGCUCCGAGUGCGACAAGACCUUCCAGUACCCGAGCCAGCUGCAGAACCACAUGAUGAAGCACAAGGACAUCCGGCCCUACAUCUGCUCCGAGUGCGGCAUGGAGUUCGUGCAGCCGCACCACCUCAAGCAGCACUCGCUCACGCACAAGGGUGUGAAGGAGCACAAAUGUGGGAUCUGCGGGCGGGAGUUCACUCUGCUGGCCAACAUGAAGAGACACGUGCUCAUCCAUACCAACAUCCGCGCCUACCAGUGUCACCUCUGCUACAAGAGUUUUGUGCAGAAACAGACCCUCAAGGCACACAUGAUCGUCCACUCUGACGUGAAGCCUUUCAAAUGCAAGCUGUGUGGGAAGGAGUUCAACCGGAUGCACAACCUAAUGGGCCACAUGCACCUGCACUCCGACAGCAAACCCUUCAAGUGUCUCUACUGUCCGAGCAAAUUCACCCUAAAGGGGAACCUGACACGCCACAUGAAAGUCAAGCAUGGGGUCAUGGAGCGGGGCCUCCAUUCUCAAGGUUUCGGCCGGGGGAGGCUCACCCUGGCACCGGCGGCCGCGGCCCUCGGGGGGCUGGAGCAGGAGGAGCCCUUCGACCUGUCCCAGAAGCGCGGGCCCGGGGUGCCCCAGUUGCAGCCCAUCAGGGAGGGCUCGCAGGCCAGCUGCCGCCCCCAGCAGGAGGAGGACGACCCCCGCCGUGAGCCCCGGCGACACAGCCCGGGCCCGCAGCACCCCCAGCAGCCCCCCUGCGCAGCAGGCCAGGCCGAGGGCGAGGCGGGCGCAGAGGCCAAGGCCCGGGCCCGGGACAGCGCGGGGCCGGAGGGAGGCCCCGAGAAGGAGAGGGACCAGGACCGAGCCCGCGGAGAGGAGCGCCUCCGCCCGCGGGCUCUGCUCGGUGCCCGGCGGGGCCCCCCCUUCCCCGAUUACUUGUACUUCAAGCACAGAGAUGAGAGUUUAAAGGAAUUACUGGAGAGGAAGAUGGAAAAACAAGCGGUGCUUUUAGGGAUCUAAGUGCACGGUCUUCAAAUCACGUCUGGACAAUGGGAGCGAGGCCGUGCCAGGAGCGCCUUCUGCGUGAGCUGUCACCUGCCGCAGCCAGGGCCUUGGGCUGCACCAGCGGGGACUGUCCCCCGCCACAUGAAUGCUUCCCUCGCAGGCCACGCCAGGACCCCGAUUUCCGGCACACACGCCGGCCUCCCCGGUGCUACCGCGUGCUCCUGCUGGACAGUAUGUUGUACGUGCUCGCCGGGCCGAACUGGACCCUGAUGCUGAGGUGCUUUUAGAAAUUCUGUCUUCCUUUGACUAAUACGCAAUACGUGGUAAAUUUCUUUUUAGUUGCAAAAAUAUGGUGCUUGACACGUUACCUUAUUAAUGAUGAUUUAGUUGAAUGUGUGGAACUCACAAUAUUUUUCCAGAUAGGUGAAAACAUUAGUUGUGUGUAUAUAUCUAUACAUAGAUAUAUAUAUAAAUCACCGUCAUUAAAUAAUCCAACAUACCAGAAAGGAAAAGGAGAGUGAGGUAUUGACGAGGAUGCUCUCAAUAGUUGCUGCAGAUACAAGAUAGAAUUUCAAGAAAAUAUGAAUGACUGUAAAGUGGUGAAAACCCAGCAGAACUCAGAUGCCUGCCUGCCUGCCUCGAUCUGCGACGGCUCCCUGCCUCAGGCAGGGCGCGUGGAGCCUCUCCCCAGUGGCCCCAGAGUGCUCAGCGUCUGCAGGCUCACCCUCUGUGGCCUGAGCAGAGCUCCCUCCUGGAGGCCUUGCUCUGGGGCCUGCGGCCCACCAAGCAGCUGCACAACCGAGUUUGCAAGCCCUGGAUUUCUCCCCAGUGCCGGAGCUGGGCGUGCGGGGAGGGAUUCCUGCCAUCCAAGUGUCGCUUAUCUAGAAUAUUAGAAUAACCAUCAGCCACUUACUGAUAAAGGGGGAUUCGGGACUCGUUCUCAAUGCUGCCUGCACAUUAGAAUCAUCUAGGGGAACUUAAAAAAAAAAAAAAAAAGUAACUGAUGCUGAGGCCUCAACCUCUGAGAUUCUGAUUUCAUUUGGUCUGGAGUGGAGCGCCAACUCCUGUACUUUUUUUUUUUUUAAAGGUUGCUCCAGAUGAUUCUCCUGUGCAGCCAGGAUUGAGAAAAACUGAGCGGGCUAACAUGGUGGCUCCCAAGACCCGUCCCAGGAACUCCGUAAAUACAUGUUUCUGGCUUCAGACUCAUUAAAAUAAAGAGUAGGAGACUUUGAAGUCAUACCGCUGACUGGGGGUUUCUUAUCUGUCGUGUAAGAGCCUCAUCAGGACACAAACACGCAUGCAUGUGUGCACGCACAGGCACACACGCACACACACUGUAUAAACACACACUUUUUGUUCUAGAAGAUGAUGCCUGUGAUGUUUAUGGUCACUUAAUACACUUAAAACACACCCAGCCAGCCCGCAGUGACUAACUAUUUCCUCCGAGACGCUUGAAUCACGAUGCUAGUGAGUGGUGACGACUCUAACGGGCGGGCAGGCUUCCCCAGGCCGGGCGCCUGGUAGAGCCGCCUCCCCGGGGGUCGCCCACCUGUGACUAACCCUCUGGUACUGUGUCUGUGUUUAUGUAAAAACUGCCUCUUGGGUGGUAGUUUCAACUCUUAUUUGUAGAGCUAGGUACUGUUUGUGAUUUGGCUUUCUCUCCUCCUAAUGUUGCCAGGACAUCUCUCUGGAGGGCCUGGCCUGUCUCUCUGACGGCUGGACGCCGGCUUUUUCUCUUCCCCCGGAGCCUCAUCUACUUCUAUCAUCUGCCCACGGGCUUCGUGGAUCCCUGACGCGUUUCUCCUGCUACCUCGCCUAAAGCUCUUUUUUUUUUUUUUCCAGCCUCACCACCACCGCAAAGUGCCAAAGCUGUUUGGGUUUCCUACUGCCACCCCUGUUCUGAGGUCAAGCUCCUGCAAAGGGGAUGCUGACGGCGAUAGAGUGGGUUGUUGUGGGUACAAGCACACCUCUGUGCCAGGAAACUGUCCCAAGUCCUCCGAGGGGCAACUUGCCUUCCAUUCCUUAUGAAUAUAGCUUAUUAGUGCCCCUGAUAACAUCACAAGGAGGCCGGUGGCAUGCUCUGUGACCCUCCAGCUCUUGGGUUCUCUUACAAGGUCAUUCUCUCAGUAGUCUAGAGUGCUUGUAGACCUGCUUUCGGGGCUUCAGACUUCCAGCUCAUUCUGGGUAUGCCUCGCUGGAACCAGGGAAUCCAGAAUGGCAAGCUCUAGUGUCUUCCAACCAAUGAAUCGUGGGAAUGUUUGAGGAUCAAGUUCAUGUUGAGAUGGAGAGAGUAUGGUCUAGAAGGGUGGUUUCCAAGUUGUGGAGCGAGGAGCCAGAGGUCCCUCUUAGGCCCCUACAAAGCUGUGAGGGGAAAAGGAGAAACUCAGCUCUCAUGCCCACUUCACUCCACCGGGCUCACAUUUCAUCUGUUUUUCAUGUGAGCCUUCCAAGUAAAAUUUCAUUUUGAGGGAGAAAAAAAAAAAGGUCUAAGGAAAGUAAUUUAAAAAGUGUUAGGAAGUGUAUUAUAAAGCCUGUUUUUAGUUCCUGACUCUGGGUAUGAGAGACUCAAUCAAGUCUAGCCUGAUGGUAAAUAGAUACCGAUUUUGUGAGACCUAAGGCUAAAAGCUUGGUUUUGUGUGCUGAUGAGUGACCAACGUCCUGGUGUGCCUGGAGCAACCCUGGUUUAUACCUCUGCCCCAGGAUAAUUACUAAGAGUAUCACGUCAACUCUCAAAAGAGCCCCAGUUUGGGUAAUAAAUUAUAUGGACAACCUCUGUAGGAGUGCUGAGCUAGGGGAAGGGUGGGCCAACUUGCCUAUUGAGCUAAUUAACUAGAACGCAAACCUGAAGGACAGACCUAUGGGGAUCACCCCAAGAGAAUUAAGGGGUAAAAGCACCCAAGGUUAUCGGCAGUCUAAGGGUCAGGGCAGCGUGGCACCCACCUUCUUGUGGCACUCUGAGAGUAGGUCACUACCACGUGCUUCCCAGGCUUUUGGCCACUGUCGCUCUGAAGCAGCCAACUCAUCAGCCAAGUGGCAUAUUUUUCUUUUAUCCUUUUUAUUCAGGCCUAUGAUUACGCCCCUCUUUUUUGCCGUCUAAUUCCUCUUUCAUCCUCUCUUUUUAAAAAUCUGAAUCCCUGCUGGCCAUGAGACUGAGGCUGACCUUUCGUAACCCCGCAGGGGUAACUGGUAUAUUUGUAUAUGAGUCGCUGCGUGAGGAAGCCCAAUAUGCAUACUGUAUUUAUUAAGCCCUAAAGGAAUUUAAUAAAAUAUUAACAUCGAAUUUUGAAUCAUGAUCUCUGUCUGCUUUGCUGGAACAAAAUGUAACAGAGCUAACAUUUAAAAACCUUGGCAUAUUUGGACAGCAUUACACCAAAUGUUGAUUUUGUACAGAAUUCUGGCUUGCUAUUUAAAUACUAAAACUCCAAGUGUGUAGUCACCCAAGUUGUGAAUAUUGCUUUCUGCUUCAGUGGAAAAAGCAGUUUACCUGAAAAUAGCAUGUAACCUAUAUUUUGUUAAUUUAAGCAAAUAAAGACAUGUCGAAAA